CGAAAUGUUUAUUGAAACUGAUAGUUCAUUUUAAGUCGGUAUAAUAAUAAUAUACGUGAUUCGUCAUAUAAACAUAUAAUGCAUUCACUAGUAACCCAAUAAAAGAGAAUAUAGAUAAAAAAGGUUUAUAAAUGUCAACUUUUCACAUGAUUAUUUAUAAGUGAUAAUGUACUCCUGAUGCGUUGGCAAAAUUCCGAAAAUUAUACUAUGCAAAAUCAAAGUUUUUUGACGACUACGUUAAAAUGCUAUGUAUAUAUAAGUGAACGUUUAGAGCCGAUAAGGUAGAUUCCUGAAAAAGUUACCAACGUAAGAAGUAUUGGGAUCAUUUUUAGCAAAAAAAUAUUGUUCUGUCAAAUACUAUAGCAUUAUAAUAUCUUUGAUUUAAUUUCUCAUUCACUGAUAAUAUUGAAAAGAUUAUGCUGGUCAGAUAAUCUUUCAGUAUUUAUGUCAUUUAUUAUCUUUUUUUAAUCUCAUAUUUCUUACUUAUUUCGAAUUCCGGACUUCAUAAAAAACGUACUUUACAAUGUAUUUAAAACUAGGUAUUUCAAUCUUAAUAAUAUCGAUUCAUAAAUAACCACAUCAUAAGAUAGUGAAAAAAAAAACUCAUAACAAUAAAUAUGAAUUUGUAAAAAUCGCUUUGUGCUACAGAGCAUUUACAUAUUGUAUUUAUGUAUUACAAAAACUCGUACAUUUGUAAAGCUUUGUAUAUAGGAUAAAUAUUUGGCUCAGCCUUGUAGCGGUAUAUCCCAGCAGUGGUAUAUCCCCGCAGAAGCGAUGAGUCAACGACAACAGUUGAGUAAACUCAGUACGAAAAAGAACGCCAAAGCGUGCGGACGUGUCGAUAAAAUAUCGCCGUCCGAAGACACAAAACUGUUGUUUACUGUUAAUAGUUUUAUAUUGCAGACGUAUAGAGUAAAGUUUAAUGAAAUUUGUACAAAUACGAGUAAAUUGAUUAUAAUUAGUGCUAAAACUCUGCGUGCUGCGAAAUCAAUAACAAUGUAUCCUAACACUUUUCGUGAAUGUUAAAUAAUUCACGCGUGUGAAAAUUGAUCACUUCCAAACAGUUGUUAAGUAAUUAAAAACGUGUUUAAUACUAUCAUAACCUCAAAACUUAAACUAGUAAACAACCGGUGCUACACAAUUUAAAAAAUAAAUCGUAGUCAUUUACGACGCCUCUUUGUUGAUUUGCAUAUUUUUUAUAAUCAAUCAAACUCGUGUAUUUAAUCACAAACUCGCUAAUGAGAUUCAUAACAAAGUUGUGCGGCUUCUGAGAGGUUAUCGUUUUAAAGCAAGGCAUCUAAGACACGCUCAUUCAUCUUAUGUAAGGAGUGCUGAAUAUUUUUCUAUAGCUAGCACGUCAGUUCUUGCCAAGUCGCUAAUAUCGUCUUGGGUAAAUACAAAUUUUCCUGGUAGAACAUUUAUAAAAUAAAUUUUAGCUAGAACACAAGUUCGGACAUAGAUAAGCUGAGUAUAAAAUACUACAGUUUCAAACAUAUGUCGGUGAAUAUUCGUAAAGCGAGCCAUCCGAAAUCAAAAUGAAAGCUGUGCUAUUGAUUUUUCUCGUAACGUUGUUAUACUCUGCGAAGGACGCUAGGAGCUUCCAAAUCUCGUGCGCAGAUCUCAAGAGUGUAGUCGUUAUAGGACAGGCUUUUUUGGCCUUCAGUAAUUCAGGGACGGACGACGUGCCGGUCAGAUACUACCUGUCGACCGCCAAGCACAGGCAAUCUGUGGAAAUCGCUUCUUUCGACUGGUCUGGUCUUGAGACUGGCGAAUUCGAUGUAUCGAAAAAAACAUUUAUUGUUAUUCACGGUUUCAAGUCGGGAGGACAAAAAUCAUGGGUUCUACUACUCAAGGAUAAAAUUAUUGACGCAACACAGGCUAAUGUUAUUUUAAUUGAUUGGAGCGAAGGCAGUAAUAAGAAGAAUUAUGUCAACGCUGCUAGAAACACUCAACUGGCGACCAAUAGAAUAUUCAAUUUUCUCCAACAAAUGAGGAUUGCAGUCAAUCGAUUAAACAAGACUGGCGAAAUCCAAUGGAAUCACCUUAACUUUAUUGGUCACAGUCUUGGCGCUCAAGUGAGCGGACAGACGGCACAUUUACUAAAGGAAGAUAACUUUUGGAAAAUAGAUAGGAUAACUGGAUUAGAUCCUGCUAGACCAUGUUUCACCAACGUUGACCCAAGUGUCAGACUUGAUAAAGACGAUGCCGAUUUUGUAGACAUUAUUCACACUCAAACGGGAACCGGAGGCAGCGUUGAUGGUUUAGGAUUGAAAGAAAGCAUAGGUCACAUGGAUUUCUAUAUUAAUGGCGGUAUCGAGCAGCCAGCCUGCGUAAGCAAAACACUCAAAUGGGACAACAUGAUUUGCAGCCACAAACUCGCUUACAAAUAUUUUACUGACGGAAUAAUCGAUGCAUUGAUGGGAUAUCCAUGCCCAUUACAAAGUUACUCAUGGAACGGAACAUACGUGCAUGCGCAAAGGAUUCUCUCAGAUAAAUUAAAUGGUGUGUCUUGUACUGAUUGUCCGCACAUUGGUCUUGAUGCUUUCAAAAGCAAUAAAAGAGGUAUCUUCUUCGUGGUCACGGGUAACAACGAACCAUAUUGCCAAGUUGGAGAUGACGAUUUGAAAAAUGUUAUCACAGUCAUAAGGAAACUGAAGAGACAUGGACUUGUAACUACCAGUGAUAGUAUUGACUAUCACGAAGACGAAAGUGAUCCGCUUGCUGCACUUUAUAACAGUGCACACGCAUUGAAAUUUGAAAAUUUGACACUAGCAUAUUUGUUCACUGUUCUUGUUUUUAUCUUUAGACACUAACUCGAUCGUAUACAAUAUAAAUAUGUAUGAUUACGAUAAGAACGAAUAGGGUUAGUUAAAAUUUUAUAGUAUAUAAUAGUAUAUAAUUUUUAUACUUGAAAGAGAAACUUUUUUUAUGACUAUCUUUCUAAAAUUCUAAUCAAACUUUAUUUAGACUGAUGAAAAGGACAGCAUAAUUUUAACGUUGAAAAAAACGCAUUAAACAAAAUUAACUACUAUUUAACAGUGUGUUGUCAUCUAACCUCAUAAAUCUUGAAAAUGAUCGCUACAUAUUUCUUUUGAAGUAUAAUCUGAAGCUAGAUUAGAUAAAGGCAUCGAGUAGUUAACUAUGUUCUGAUAGUAAAAUACUUAGACAUAUUGUAGAUCGUAUAUAAAAAGCAGUAUAAAAAUUUUUUCAAAUCUAUGAAAAAUUAAAGUAUUUUCUAGUAUUAAUAAAUUACUCUUGGUAUUUUGCCUAAUAUUCCAAAAAAAGAUGCAUAUUUUCGUGAUAUAGUUAAAUAUUGUAUUGCAGUAAAACGUAUUUUAAGCGGAUGCUGUUCUGUAUCACACGAUAGUUCAAGUUCCUUGGAAGACAAUACAUGUAUGCAGUACAAGCAAUAAAACAUUCAUUAUUAAGUUCCUACGAAUUUAUAUUGUACAUCGUAUAAGUUAUCUAUGUAAGACGGCAAGAUUCUAUUCUCGCCAAAUCGUUCGCAUAUUGAACGACUUCAGAAAUAAGCACCACACUAAUGUUGAAUUUAUGUAAACCAGCAAAGCAAUAAUAUACAUUUUCUAUUCAUGCA